AUGGAGGCAAUAACUCAAAUUCAAACCGUCGUGAACGAUCAAAUCGAAAUUCUCGGAAUAAGCGACUUAUCUGUAACUGGUGCAAACGAGAGGGCCAUUACGAGCCAACUAGACUCUGGCGCUGCAAAGCUUGACAGAGGUCGUGCCUACUUAGUUCAACAGCCAAGCAGUUUGCAACCUCCGCCUCAGCCGCUACCUCUACUGGCUCCUCCACCUCCGCAGGCAAAUUUCUCCUCCUCCCAGUCUCAAAGCUCUGAGUCAAACGCUUACAGUUAUCCAUCUCAUCUUCUUCUUACAAGAGCAUCCUACAUCAAUAGUGAGAUCCGACAACAAGACUAUCUCAGCUGGAUACUGGACUCUGGAGCUACACAGCAUUUCUGCAAUAGCAAAUUGGACCUUAAGGACUACAAACAUUUCCUUGAACCCAGAGAGAUCUACCUUGGAGAUAAUACUACGAUCUAUGCAGAGGGAUCUGGUACUCAACAUCUUCAAGUUGGGCCUUAUAUUCUAGUCCUCAACGUCUGGUUCGUACCAAAAUUGGCAGAGAACCUGCUGUCCUUGCAGCUCCUUGAUCGAGCUGGCUACUCUACUCUUAUUGAAAAUGGCAUUGUCUACAUACGGCAGCAAGGCGACUCAAAUUCCGCAUGGUUUCAACUAGCCAAUUCGAAGCAUGGAGAUCUUUAUCGAAUGCAUAUAAGUCCCUCAUCUCUAGUGAAUGCCCCACGAGCUCUCCGUACAAGAGAAUUCAGUACACUCAGGCUAUGGCAUAAUCGCCUAGGCCACCGAAAUUUUCGAUCAGUGGGAGAUCUCAUGAACUUAUCUGUGCCACGUCAACUACCUACAUGCACAGCAUGCCUACAAGGUAAAAUGAAGGCAGAUUCGCACCCUCCUGUGCUUGAACGUUGCAGCAAGUCAUUCGACCGCGUGCAUGCCAACCUUAUCCCCUUGGACGGUAUCUCCCUUGGUGGAUCUAAGUAUAUGUUACUACUGGUCGAUGAUUACACUCGCUAUGCAUGGUGUUACUUUGCCUCAAGCAAGAAUGUUCCUGCAAUUACGCCUCUCCUACAAGGAUUCAUAAACUUGGUCCUAACUCAAUUCAAUGCUGUAAUCAAGUCAUGGCGAACUGAUGGCGGUACCGGUGAAUUCAUAAAUAGCAUGGUCAAAGAAAUAAAUCGCCAAUACGGAAUACUUCACCAAGUCUCUACAUCUGGUGUCAAGCAACAGAAUGAUGUACUGGAACGACGAGUUCAGACGAUCAAGAAUAUAGAACGCUCUAUGAGAGCUGGUGCUGGUGUCCUAGAUGACUACCGACUACAAGCUGAGUCCCUGGCCACCUCGGUAUUUCUAACUAACAUCCUGCCAUCCACUACUCUAGACAAUAUAUCCCCACACCUUCUUUUAUAUAAGAAGCAACCACCUCUUACUACCUUGAAGCCCUGGGGAUGCCUCGUCUGGAUACACCUUCGAAAGGAGCACCGCAGCUCGAGCUCUGAUCCUCGCUGCAGGCCAGCCAUGAUGGUAGGCUAUAUACAAGACUCAAAGUCUAUUUAUAAAUGUCUUGAUCUUCAUACUCUGCAAACAAGCAAUCAUUCUGAAAUCAAGUUUGAUGAAGACCUUUUCCCUGGUCCAUGGCUCAAACGCCCUGCCGGUUUUAAACUGUCUAUUGCACAUAAAAGAAAUCCGCCUGGUUCAGCAGUUGAUACUGUACUUGGUCAGUCAGUACCGGGAGCGCUUCCCAAUGUAUCAAGCGUACCAUUUUCCUCGAUGAACCCCUUCUGGCUGCAGCAAUCCCAACCACCUGCAGAUCCUGUGAACCCAGAAGAUCCUGCAAAGCCAGUAGAUCCUAUGGAACUAGCAGAUGUAGCCCAAAGGGCAUUGGACUCCCCCCAGUCCCUGGCACUCCGAAUGGACAGCCAGCCCAUCUACAACCCACGAGGAAGCGUUGUAUUUGGCACCUACGUCAAAAUCCAUGAGCACGAUACUACAAGGGAGCUUGUGGAAGCCGCUUUGAUCGUGCAAGGCAUGGAGUCGCUCUCCUGCCCACCCUGGCAAACAGCAGAGAGGAUCCAAACAGACCACAAUGGAGAUCCUCUCUCCUAUUCGGAUGCCUUGCUCCAGGAUCCGAUUAGGUGGCCACCAGUAGUGCAAGAAGAACUGAAAUCUCAUGAAGAGAAUGGAACUUGGAUAGUUCAAGAGAUCAGUCAGAUGCCAAAAGGGUGUAAGCCGAUCCCCGGCAAGUGGGUAUUCAAGCGUAAACCGAGUCCUGAUGAAGGCAUUCGCUAUAAGGCACGAUUGGUGAUUAAGGGAUUCCUCCAACGCUUUGGAGUAGACUUCAUGGAAACUUAUGCCCCAACUGCCUCAUUAGCUGCAUUCCGACUCCUGGUGGCAAUAGCUGUGCACAAUGGCUGGUCCUUACGCAAUCUUGAUAUUAUCACCGCUUUUCUAAAUGGCAAUAUAGACUCUGAAGUCUAUAUGGGGAUACCAGAAGGCAUAGAUUUAGAUCCAAAGAAAUAUGUUUUGAAACUGCGCCGGUCUCUGUAUGGACUUAAACAAGCUCCGCGCAUCUAGUGGGAUAGGAUGACCUCAUUCCUAUUGAAAGCAGGCUUCUAUCAGUGCGAUGCUGAGCUAGCUAUAUUCAUUCGCAGCCUGGAUAACAAAUUCCUCAUACUCCUCCUAUUUGUUGAUGACAUCCUGCUAACUGGUGACCAGGACGCAAUUGAGGAAUUCGUCAAAGA